CUCCCUUUCUCUACAGAAGCCUUUUAGAAAAAUGAAAAUGGCAGAUGAAUCGUGUUAGUGUAAACGUUCUGCAAGGUUGAACCUUUCUGUAGGGCGGAAUAUAAUCACACAGAUUCUCCACUAGUGCUUUCUGUGGGAGAUCGCAGUGGGCCGGAUCAUCAUGAAAAGAUAAUUGGAGAGUGUGGCAGAAUGUCCAAGAAACGCGGCAGUGGCAGAAAACCCAGCCUGGCUGACAUUAUUGAGGGCAUCACCGAAACAGCGGACAUGCAGAACACACAGGAGGCUAUGUCUGUGAUUCCUGACAAUAAAGGGACUUCAGAGGUCUCCACUGGGUCAGGUCAUAAGGAUCCAAAGCAAGCCUGCCCUACACAGCCUACAUACAGCUCAGAGUCUGAGGAGAGCUCGCAGGCUGACUCCGGCCUGGAUGACAAUAAGUCUGAGAACAAAAGAAAGGGUGAGUACCCCUGUCCGGAAUGUGGAAAACACUUUCGUUGUUCAUCCCACCUACUCAUACACCAGAGAGUGCACACAGGAGAGAGAUCAUAUGAAUGCAAGGAGUGUGGGAAACGUUUUGUGCAGAAGCAGCAUCUCCAGUCCCAUCACCGUACGCACACCGGAGAGAAGCCGCAUCAGUGCACAGAAUGCGGGAAAAGGUUUGCUUUUAAAUCCGAUCUUUCCAUCCACAAGAGAACGCACACGGGAGAGAAGCCGUAUAAAUGUUCUGAAUGUGGGAAAGGAUUUACCACCAGCUCACAUCGUCGUAGACACGAAGCUUCCCACACAGGAGCAAACCCCUUUCCAUGUUCUGAGUGUGAUAAAGCUUUCCCUACGAAGUACCAGCUACGCAUCCACCAGAUUGUCCACACGGGAGAGAAGAACUUUGAGUGUCCUGAAUGUGGAAAAUGCUUCUCUACUAAUGGGCAUCUCAGCAGCCAUAAGCAGACACACACGGGGGAAAAGCCAUGUAAGUGCUCUGAGUGCGGGAAAGCAUUUGCUUGCAGAGCCAAUCUUCGCCUCCAUCAGAAAUCCCACACAGGAGAAAAACCAUUUGCAUGUAACGAAUGUGCACAGUGUUUUCCCAGCAAAGCUCAUCUUACCAGACACAUAAAAGUCCACACAGGGCAGAAAUCCAAUAAAUGCCCCAAGUGUGGUGACUAUUUCCAGAAUUUGUCUGACCUCGCCCAGCACAAGAGAAGCCAUGAUAAGACCUAUGCGUGUACUGAGUGUGACAAACAUUUUAAACAGAAAUUUCUUCUGAAGCAGCAUCAGAAAAUACACACGGGAGAAAAGCCAUUUGUGUGUGCAGAGUGUGGGAAACGCUUUACACGGAAAGACGGACUGAUUUCACAUGAGCAGAGACUUCACAUUGGCGGAGUAAAGAUGUUUGAAUGCCGGGAAUGUGGGAAACAUUUUUUUAAAAAGUCUGAGCUUGAGAAACACAAGAGAGUCCACACAGGAGAGAAACCUUUUUACUUGUACUGAAUGUGGUAAAUGUUUUAGGGAACGCUCACAUCUGGUUAUUCACCUGCGACGUCACACUGGAGAGAAACCUUUCUCGUGUUCGGAAUGUGGAAAACAUUUCCAUAGCAGCGGUGAUCUUAGUUCCCACAUUGCAGUGCACGCAGAGGAGAAGCCAUUUGUGUGCUCAGAGUGUGGGAAAGCAUUUGGUAGCAGCUGGCAGCUUGUUGCCCAUCAGAGAUCUCACACAGACGAGAGACCAUUCACCUGUUCCGAGUGUGGUAAAUCCUUCAAGCGUAGACCAAAUUUGGUCAGACAUCAGAAAAUUCACACCCGGGAGUGAGACCAUUUGCAUGUCCAGAUGUGGGAAUAGGUUUAUAAUGAAUUCAGAACUUGUUAAACAUAAGAUUAUAUAUAGAGAUUAUAGGUAUAUAGGGCGUAUUGUGAAUUGUUUUACUUGUGUACUGUGUGUGGGAGAGCUCUCGCCUAUGUCUCAUUGCUGGCUCAUCAUCCAAAGGUUCAUGGGGCAAUUGCGGAAAGUAAUUCAACACAAAGCUAGCCACUUAUAUGCGAAAUGUUUUAUUGUAUUUGCUCCACUAAAUGAAACGACCGUAACUCCACAUGGCUCACAUAGCAAUGCAAAUCUCUAUUUUAAGAUUUAAAUUUUACCUUUUCUGAACUUUAAUUUGUUUUUUAACAUAUGUAAGUUUUUAGCUGCUGGAUUACAUCACACAUCAUAAAAUUACAGGAAAUCGGAAUCCAGAUUCAGUUUGCGCUAAGGACCCUUUGCCCCCUGAUUGUGUUGCAUCCCUAGUUCAUGGAGAUAUUUGUCUUUCAAAUCUGCAAAUUGAGGCAGAAAGUUAAGUUACUGCAAGCUUGCAGAAAGCUAAAAGUCAGAAACUUGAGUUUUGUAAAGCGGUGUAGAAGACAGAGUGGGUCAGCUUGUUCUUAGUUUGCAAUGACAAUGAAGCGUUCAUAAUACUUGUUGCUCUGCUGGUAUUAUCCUGGGGUAGUGAGACCUUUUGGUCUUCCCCAUGUUGAAUAAGGAUAAUAAUAAUGGACUUCCUGCCAUACCCCCGACGGAAAUGGCUGCAGCCUGACCCAGCUCCUCUCUAGCUAAAGCAGCAUCCCCAUUUACAGGGCUACUCGGGGCCUGAACAGUUAGACUAGGACCACCACUGCCUAGGGGAAGAUUCCCUACAUAUAUGGAGAGUUAUUUUUCCUCUUUAAUGCCCUACAAACACCAGUACCGGGAAAUGGAACAGUGCCAAUCCAAGAUGGCUGCUAUGGCUCCUGCUUCCUUCCAGCUCUACUGCCACCUCCUCACCACCCCAUCUACUCUCUGUGCCCGUACAAGGUGGAGAACUGCAGGGAUCUUUGGCCUCUUACACUGACAUAGUGCCGGUCAUUAAGGAGUCUAUGGCUCCAUUAAUGCAAGAGCAGCUGACUCCUUUAUACAGGCUUUGAAGGAGGCUAGCAAUAAUAUUGUACAGCUGACGCAGAGAGUCCAAGCUAAUGAGAUUCAGCUCGGUAAGACUUUUACUGAUGUUUCUGAUCUUAAACAGCAUUAUAAAAAGCUAUAUAAACAACAUAUGCAAGUCCUGAACAAAGUCGAUAACUCAAAAAUAGAUCACGCAGGAACAAUCUGCAUAUAGUGGAACUCCCUGACUCUGUAAAAGGGGAUGCCUUGUCUCGCUUUCUUACUACUGCACUUCCAGAAUUAUUACAGAUUUCUAACGCCUUUACUGACAUGAUCAUGGAACGUGCACACCGCAUUGGCCCCCCCCUCAUGCUGAUUCUGGAGGUCACCAUAUUUCGAUGUCUCAACUUUCUUUAUCGAGAGGCUCUAUGGCAGAUGUCCAGGCAUAACCACAGCAUUCUUUGGAAAUGCCACAAAUUGUUCAUUUUUCAGGAUUAUUCCGCAGAAGUGACCAGAGCCAGAAAACCCCCUAUUUUCACUAUAUAUACAUCACAUGGUACCAAUUUCUCUUACCAUCUGUUCCCCACAUCUAUUACUACGGUGUGAUGUUCAUUGGAUGCUGUGGCUCCCUGGACCCCAUCUCUCCGUUACAUUUUAGGUGCGUCACAGCACUUUUAAUGUGCCUUUUUUAUUUUUAUGUAUUCACUUUAUAACUGGAAGUUAUUUCAUUUGCCUGUUGGCUUUCAGAAGUCUCCUAUCCCUGCUUAGGAUGUGGUUGUCAUUGUGUCAAUUUUUCCAUAUUCUCCCUUUUGUUUUUUGUCUCCCCCUGUUUUCUUCCUCCCCCCCCCCCUCCCCCAUUCAAUUACUGGAGUGCUGUACUGCUUUACCAUGUCUUCGUUAUUACGAUGGGUGUGCUGCUCUUGAUUGGGGUCCUGACUGCUUUGUAUGGAAUGGCAUUUUUUUUGGUUACUAAUUGAUUCUGCCCUAAUAGGGCUCCCCUGAAAAUCUGUACUUGGAAUGUCAGGGGAAUCAACUCUCCCAUAAAUAGGAAAAAGAUAUUCACUUACCGUAUGUCCAUAAAUUGGGUAUGGAUGUGGUAAUGCUUCAGGAGACCCACUUGUUGCAGCCUGAAAACCUGAAGCUUAAUAUUAUGGGUUACUCCAUAUUGUCUUCUGCUGCUUACUCCUCUAAGAAGCGUGGAGUUGUCACUCUGAUCAAAAAGCAAUUAGCUCCCCAGUUGGUUUAUUGCUGACCCUGCUGGUAGAUAUGUUUAUAUCAGAGGUUUCCAUCCUUGGGGACAGGUUUACGUUCUGUACCAAAUGUAUAUUCGAAAAAGAUCUAUUCAAUCUUUGUUGGCUAAGCUUAGUCCUUUCCUAGAUACUUCAUUAACUGUGGGAGGAGAUUUCAAUAUUGUGGCCUCUGACUAUAUGGACCAUCAGCGUCCAUCUGCUGGACCCCAUCGCUCCUUGCCUAUUGGUAUCCCACAUCUCAUUUCUCACCAUCAUUUGAUUGAGGUUUGCAGGUCUUGUCAACCAACUUAUAAAGAAUACACUUGCUUGUCUUCUGCUCACGCCAUGUUGUCUAGCAUUGAUUAUAUUUUGCUCUCCGACAGACUAACUGUUGGGUUGAUGAGUCCAAUAUCGAACCUAUAUGUCUAUCUGACCAUAUUUUGACUUGGUUAUCUCUCAACCUGAUAAUUGAUAGCGGUUCUUUCUUAAAGGCCGUGGAGCAGCGUUUCUAUAAUAGGUGCAAUGUGUGCAGUGUACAUGGGCCCCUGGGUCCAAAGGAGGCCCACACUGUACACACUGCACCCAUAUUUUAAUUAGAGAUGAGCGUAUUCGGUUUUACUCGGAUUAACUCGGUUCUCAAAACGGCAUCUUAUUGGCAAUUCAAAA